AUGCCCUUUAUUUUUGGCCUCACUGUGCGGGAACAUAUGAAGUUGCUUAUUCAACGAGUGGAAAUCUUGAGAAAUGAUCUGGAUAGCAACGAGGAAGAUAAUUACGAGGAGCUUGUGCUCUGCAUCAUGGAUCAUAAAUUAAUUCUCGAAUACUGCGCUAAUAUGCGACCUGUCAUCUCAAGUUCGCUGUUUGUUCAAUUUACUGCAAUGGGAUUUGUCCUGGCCUGUACUCUGAUAAAUCUGAUGUUCUUUGCCAACUUCCUAACUGCUCUCUCAUUGACUUGGUAUAUGGCAACCUGUGUCCUACAAUCAUUUCCCAUUUGCCUCACCUGCGAUCAGAUUUUUGAGGAUUGCAAUAAACUUUCCCUGACCAUAUUUCACUCGAAUUGGAUCGGUGCGGAACGUCGUUAUACUUCAGCCCUUAAACAUUUUAUUCAUAAUGCCCAACAGCCUAUUCGAUUUAUGGGCGGAGGAGUUCUACCAAUCUGCCUGGCCACCUACAGUCAAGUAAGAUCAUCAAUAUUCAUUAGAUUGUAUUUCCUAAUGAAAUUAUUUCAUUUUAAGAUGGUCAAGAUGGCGUUCUCGCUAAUAACGUUCGUAAAACAAAUGAAUAUAUUCGAAGAAAUCAAAUGA